AUGGUGCUCAGCGCAAUCUUGCCUCUACUCCUUUGUUUUUCCACGGUAGAAUGUGCGAGACAAAGGAAACCUCCAACCACUUUUGGCUUACAGAAUAUCGACCAACUUGCAGCUAAAGGAAAUUAUAGUGUCACAAACUAUGAAGUGAUCACUGAGGAUGGAUACAGCCUUUGGAUCUUCAGGAUUGGCAACAAUACUGGUCCUCCAGUUCUUAUGCAGCAUGGGAUAAUGGUCGCUGCAGAUCAAUGGAUAACUCGAGGUCCCAAAAGAGACCUUGCAUUCAUGCUUUUGGAAGAAGGUUUUGAUGUUUGGCUUUCAAAUCAAAGAGGAACAAUCUUCAACCAACGUCAUUUGAAAUACUCUAAGUUUGAUCCUAGAUUCUGGAAUUUCAGCUUUCAUGAAUCUGGUUACUAUGAUAUUUCUGCUGUCAUAGACUUCAUAUUAGCAAUUCGAGGAAAAGAAAAACUUUUUUACAUCGGGCAUUCCCUAGGUACAACUGUCUUCCUUGUUAUGGCCUCCACAAGACCUGAGUAUAAUGAUAAGAUACGUGCAGCUGUCUUAUUAUCACCAAUUGCCUACCCACCAGAUUUGGAUGAGAUGACACCUCCACUCCAGUUGGCUAUAAAAAAUGCUGAUUUCCUAUACUUUAUACUAUCACUGACAGGACAACUUGAGUUUGGCCAUAGAAACGCUUUUAAUGUUUUUGCACUACGGGAAUUUUGCACAAGGCUAAAUUUCUUGCGAGAAAUCUGUCUAGAUAUAGCAAUGGAUGCUGCAGGGGAGCAUCGGAGUAAUUUGGAUAAAGAAGAAUGGGACAACUUUUUGCCUUUUUACGGAGCAGGAACUUCACUGAAAACAUUGCGACACAUUGGCCAAGUGUAUGCUUCAGGGGAAUUUAAACAGUUUGACUAUGGGAAGAGGAUGAACCUGAAAAAGUAUGGGAAUCCUAGACCACCAGACUACCCUUUGGAUCGAGUAACAGCUCCAGUAGCAAUGUACUGGGGAUACAAUGAUCCUUUGUUGUCUGUAAAGUCUGUAGAAAAACUGUUAUCUGCUCUACCAAAUGUAUUAUACAGCAAACCUGUAGAUGACCCUUUAUUCAACCACAUCGACAUGUGCUUGGGCAAUAAUUCUAACAUUGUCUUGUUUCCCGAUAUCAUAAACCAGUUAAAAUCUCUCUCUGUAUGA